GAGGCUUCUGUUCACCAGACCUGGGGUUGGGGGUCAGAGAGAGGGGUCUCCAGACCCCGGUGGGUCGUCUCAUCCAGUUCACUGCACUAGUCUGGCAGGAAGUCACAGGAAGCUUGCAUACAUGGCCUGUGGAAAUAACACUUUGCUGUGUGUUCUCUGCUCUUGGGUUGUGACACCUGUGUUGGCCCUGGGAGCUCAGUUAUGGUCCCCUACCAGCGUUCCAGGUUCAGAGAAGAGCCAUCGUGCUGCUUUUCCAGGAUGUCUGAGCUCUGCAUGUGGCAAAGGGGAUUUCCGGAAGCUUCACUUACUUUAGUGUGGACCUCAGUGACUCCGGGUUUUGUUUGGGCAACAGAGGAAAUCACUGAAUUCUUCCUAGUUCCCUAGCUGGCCCACUGAAUCUUGACUCCAGAUGCAAGCCAGUCUGACAUUGCAUCCCGCCUUCUGGCCAGGUUUCUGCAGAAAGAGUGCCAACUUCUGGCUGUGCAGGUCCCUGCUCUUUGCUGCUCUCCUGGGCUUCUUCAGGCACUGAGCAAAAUGCUGAUGGACAUUCUUGCACCUUCUCUCGACAACCUAUAAGAUAUGCAUUAUUAUCCCCUGAGAAACCGAGGCUCCAGAGGUCCAGGUGACACCCAGAUUCCAAGGACCCCAGGGAGCGCCGAGAGUCUGUGGCACCUUCCGUGUCAUGCCUUCGAGUAUUUGGAGCCACCUGUCACCGUGCCCUGCAGCUUCCCUCUGUGACCCAGUCUGAAACCCCUCACCCCGUCUGGCCUGACCGUCUGUUACACUCAGGGUUCUGCCGCCAGGCUCCUAGGGCUGUCGACACCUCUUCUGUCUGGUCUGUGCCCAUCGGGGCCCCUCCUUCCUCACCAGUGCCUGCUGGAGAGUGGUGUCACCAGGAGAGGUGGUACCUACAGGGGUGAAGCCGGGGAGGGGCCAUGACGUGAAGUCUGUUCUGGACGAUUUGAGUUUGAGGAGCCUGCGGACCUCCAGGGAGCGGUCUGCGUGGAAAGAGAGAAUGUGAGCAAUGUUUUCAGCCUGAUUCCCGGAUGGGGGCAGAGAAGAGAGUCUCAAAGCCAGGAUGACUGCUGCGUGGUCCUGCAGCAGAUGCUUGAGACAAAGCAGUUCAGUGGAAGCAACUGCCACCUGGGCACCUGCAGAGUACCUGAGGUACCCAGGCUUUGUGGCUGCCUCAGCUCAGGUGUGGUACCUGUGGUGGACUCAGUCCCGCCUCCUCAGCCCUCAGCUCAGUGGAAAACUGGACCAUGUGGCCAGGGAGGGCAUGGGGGACAAAGGAGGCUGCCGGAUGGUUUACGCCAAGGCCCAGGUCCUCAAGCCCACGAGGGCCGACGUGCUGGUCACGACCCCCUGGUUUGCUCCCAUCAUCUGGGACGGAGUCUUUGACUCUACCAUUCUGGAUGCGCAAUUCCAAAAUGCCACCAUCGGGCUGACCGUGUUUGCCAUCAAAAAGUACCAAAUCUGCAUCUUCACGCACGGAGUCGUGGACACCUUUGCACACUGACGCCUGUGGACCUUCCUCGUUCUCUUGAACGGCUGCCCGCUCUUAUUCCAGAGGCUUCGUUCCCUGCUUGGGCUGUUUCGCGGCACCCUUACAAGUAACGUUUUAUCACGAAAGUUUUCAACUGUGCAGCCAAGUCGCCAGAAUUGUACAGUGACCGUGUGGACGCCCACCACCUGCAUCCCGCCGCUGACGUUGUUCUUUCUUUUUUCCCCUCAUUCGCCCCACUUAUUGGCAUAAUGGACACAUGACAUCGUACAGGUGUCCCGCGUACAACGUAAUGAUGUGAUGUUGUACACACGGUACGUUAACUAACGUCACCAUGCUGCGUGUCUCAUUCCCAGAGCUUAUUUAUCUUCCAUCUGGAAGUUUGUACGUCUGACCCCUCACCCAUUUCCCCAGUCCUGCACGUCUUGCCUCUGGUUAACCACUUACCUGUUCUCUGCUGCUAUGGAUUCAGGUUUUCUUAGAGUCCACAUGUAAGUGAGAUCGUACUGUGUUCACCUGUCUCUGUCUGACUGUCUCACGUAGCAUAAUGGCCUCAGGUUUCAAGCAUGUUGCUGCAGUGGCAGGGUUCCUUUCUUUUUUAUGGCCGAGAAAUAUAUACCUCAUGCUUUGUUUAUCUCGUCAUCUGUUGAUGGACACUUAGGUGGUUUUGUGUUUCGGCUCCUGUAAGUGAUGCUGCGGUGAACGUGGGAGUGCAGGUAUCUCUUCAAGAUACUGAUUUAGUUUGGGGCGCCUGGGGGGCUCA